AUGACAUCGACUCCACAGUCUCUUCAGAACCACUGCAGUCUUCUCUCACUCCCCAACGAGCUACUACACAAAAUCUUCGCUGCUCCCGAGCUGCCCGCAAAGGACGUCCUUCGUACAGCCCUCGUCUGCCGCAAGCUUCAAGACAUCUGCACAAUAUCGUACCUCCACUCCGCCGGCAUCCCCUCCCCCGAGCACGAAUGUAUUCUCAAAAUGGAUCAACUGGGCAGAUUCCCGUGGUCUCAGUAUCAGCAUACACUCCAAGCCCUCUGCUUCGCUCCCUCGAUCACAAAAGUGCAAACGCUGUCCGCCAGUUUUCCAUUCGCUUGCAUUUGGAGCGAUAUACUACCACAGCUGCAGACUUUGGAACGCUUUAUCAAACGGUUGAAGCAUGUUUCUAGUGUGACGCUCGCAUUCAGGGGAUACUCUUUCAAUCAAAGUCGCAACCCGACCGUCUCAGAGGAGGAUGUAUUCGAGCGUUGGUCGCUCGCGGUGAGCAAUCUCCUCAACACCAUCGUUCAAAAGGGAUGUACCUUUCUGUCCGUUGAAGGACUCACUUCCUUCACCGACCGUUACGAAUCCGUCAAACUUUCCCGCCAAUCGUUCAUCUUCUCCCAGGCAUUCGAACGGCUUGCGAUGUUCCUCGGAGGCGACGGGACGACGCAAUUGAAUAACAUUCUAUCGGGUCCUCACUGGAAGUUCCGUCGGCGAGGCCCUCCAGGGUCGAAAAUCUUCCUUCACCAUCUCUCCAACGAAGCCCGACUAGCGACGACACUGAAGCACAUCACGAUCGCCUCGUCCUCCCUCCUGGUCCCCCCACUCCUCCAGUGGACCCUAGACCUCCUCGAGGCCUCACCAAUCGAGUCGAUCGCUUUCCGAGAAUGCUGCAAUCACCCAGACGUCGAUUGGGCUAUCCUACAGACCUUGUUCGCCAAUUCAGCUGCGAAGGUACUAUCCCUGGAACUAGGCGACUUUCCGAGGCAGUUUAUUUUACCAAAGUUCAAUUCCUUGAUUAACAUCUUCUCCGGCCUUACCUUUCUUUCAUUCCAACAAUACCCCUUUCCCGAUUCACGAUUUUCAAGCAGUGACGUUACUAUCCCUGCAUUCCACCACCUCACCCACCUCCGUGCUCAUUUCAAAUGGAUCCAGGCGUCGGGAGUGGUUAUAAUCCACCCUCCCCCGACUCUUAUUUCCCUGACUGUAGUUUGGGUCUACCAAUCCGACUCCCACCGUCCUGAGUUUCCGGACCUUGUCCAAACCCUCUCCGCCCUCUCCGACAAACUCGUCCCUACUCACGAAUCCGAAAUGCGUUUCUCCUCAGUGAGACCCUCGACUGCCACGGUGUCCUUGGAAGUUAUCAACAGACUCCUCGCCCCACUCGACCACCACCAAUUGACAGACCUAGCACACAAUACGCGCUGUAUAACCCACCUCCUCAUCGACUUCCGCCCGCGGCGCAGUACCCCAGAGCUUGCAACACCAAGUUCAGAAGAAGUGGUACACGCAAUACAGUUUUAUCUCCAUACCUUUCAGGAGUUGCGGUCGUUCACGUUGAAAGUGUGGCAGCAGGAGACGAGGGAUGGGAAGUCGAUUGGUGGUGUGUGCGUUGGGGCCCUGAGGGCUGUGAAACACGGCAAGUUGGAGUGGUUUGAGGUUAAUGGCGUGCAGGAGGAGGUGGGUGUAUAG